AUGGAGAAGCGUAGGGGUUGCGCGACUUCAUUAGAGCCAGACCCCCUCCGUGCCCCCCUGGCUAGGGUACACGGUGCUGACGGUGGCCAAGGCGUUAACAACAAUGGGAUUGACGGACGAUUAAGAGAGUGCUCGGUGGUUCUCACGCGCGUUAGGGAGAGUGACAUCGCGAUGAUGGGAACCCAGACUACUCAUAACGACCAACCCGGAACAAGUGGGGAUGCUCGAGAAGCCGCUGCGACAGUGCAAACUGUCGAUGAGUGGGAGGAUGACUCUGCCAUGGUCAUUGCUCCGGCAGCCCAGGUCACAGCAACUGGGCUGGUGAUCCGAAUGCCUUACGAGGCACACAGGUGCGCAAUAUGUGGAGUAUCGAUGGGGACACUGGUACAACUGAGGAGGCAUACCAAAGUAGUGCAUAGCGGUGUCUUGGUAAGAUAUAUGUCUAUCUCGUGCGGGAAAACGGCCCCCAACCAUCAUGCGAUCGCUUUCCACGUCCCUAAAUGCAGGGGCCAUCAGGUGGCGAGGCCCCCGGGCCCCGUCCAAUGUGAAGCUUGCGAUGCCACGUUCGGUACCAAGAGGGGCCUCAGUAUCCACGAGAUGCAUGUCCACCCCGCUGUGCGCAACCGGAAACGGAUUGCGUCGCUGAUGGCGACACUUGGCCCCAUUGGGGAGGCGGUGGAGGCAGGAACUACGCGGGCCUCGUUGGUAGGUGACCCAGACGCUUCGACUAGUUCGAGGCGCAUGCGAGUAAAUGUCUCUAUGGAUGGUGGAGUUAUGCCACUCGAGCCUGUUGCGAGUUCGUCGGUCCCUCACACAACAACCUCCCGGUCAGAGAGCGGGCUCAAGGUACGUCUCCGAGAGCUCGUUCGCGAAAUGAUCGAUGCGUUGGAGGGCGACGACGCGGACAACAUCCCAGUCCUAAAAGCUUGGUUGGAAGGCAGCGACCAGUUACCUGCAAUGGUCGAGGCAGCAACCUCCUCACUGCUUCAGGGGUUGACUCCUGAAGCAAGAAAUGGCUCAGCACCCUCUCGCCGCAAAAGAGGUCGUGUUCCCCAUAGUGUUCUGCGUAGACGGCGUAAGGGCCAGCUUCGGAAGGAAGUCUACAGCAGGUGUCAGCACUUGUAUCAAACUGACCCGGCCCGCCUGGCGGGGGAGAUCCUGGACGGAGCGGUUCCGAUGAGGUGCCAGAUCCCCCUGCAUAUAUACCCCCUGGUAUUCAGGGCGUACAAGAGCAAGUGGGAAGAAAAAACAUCUUUCCGCGGGCUGGGUCAUUUCAGGGCGGGGGAACACGCGGACAACGAUCUCCUGGCUGGGCUCAUUUCGGAAGAGGAGGUGCUGCUCUGCCUUCGACAAGUGGCAAAGAAUUCCGCCCCGGGUCCAGAUGGUAUCGGUAAGCAGGAUUUGCUUGAAUGGGACCCUGAGGGUGAGGCCCUCACACGUAUGUUCAACAUGUGGUGGGUCACCGGAAUCAUUCCUACACGCCUGAAGAGUUGUCGAACGAUACUGCUACCCAAAUCAGUGGAUCCUUGGCUGGCGAGGGAGAUCGGAAACUGGAGGCCGAUCACCAUUGGAUCAAUGAUUUUACGGGUAUUUACUAGGAUCCUGUCGAAGCGACUGGCUCCGGCCUGUCCGCUCCACCCUAGUCAGAGGGGGUUCCGUCCUACCCCCGGAUGUUCUGAAAACAUCGAGGUCCUCCGGGGCCUGAUCCGUCACUGCAAGACCGAGUGUAGCAGCCCACUCGCAGUGGUGUCGAUUGACUUCGCUCAGGCUUUUGACUCGGUUUCCCAUGAGCAUCUGCUCGCAGCGCUCGGAAUGGUUAAGGUGGACCUACACAUGGUAGAGAUGAUCCAGCAACUCUACACGAAUCUCAGGUACCUCGGGGCCCAAUGCAAUCCUUGGGUUGGGAUUGUUAAGCCGGAUCAGGCCAGUAUUCUUGACAAGUGGGUGAGACGUCUGGCGGCGUCUCCACUUAAACCAUCUCAGAAAGUGACACUACUGAACCGGCACGCGAUACCCCGACUCCACUACCUGGCCGAUCAUGCCGAGCUCGGAUUGGCCGCUCUAAACCGCUUGGACAGGAUCAUCAAGGGCGCCGUGAAGGAAUGGUUGCACCUUCCACGGUCAACUUGUGAUGGGUUAUUAUAUGCAAGGAACCGGGAUGGUGGCCUGGGGAUCUGCAAACUCGCCCGACAAACCCCGGCAAACCAAGCGAGAAGAUGGUUACGAUUGUCUAUAUCCUCAAACGAAGUGGUGAAAGCGUUGGCUACCAGCGACUGGGCGAAGGAUCAUUUCAGGCAAUUGUGGCGGAGGGCAGGGGGGGGCGAUGUUGAGAUUCCACAGUUGGGACUGUGGAAUGUGAACGCAAAUGGAGACGAGCCCUGCCCGCUGACGCCUGCCUGCCCGUGGCCAUGUGAUUGGAGGGCCGAUGAAUUCCGUAGGUGGACAGAGCUGCCUGUUCAGGGCAGGGGAAUUGCCAAACUUAAAGGUUGCCGGGCAAGCAACAAUUGGCUGAGAAUGCACAAGGGUUUCACCGAGCGCUGCUUCAUUGCGGCGCUGCAGGUGAGAGCGAACGUGUACCCCACAGCGGAAUCCAUAGUCCGAGGAAGGCCCAAGACAACAACAGCCUCAUGCAGACUCUGUUCGGCGCGGUUGGAAUCGGUUUCUCACAUUCUCGGACAGUGUCCCCGAAUGCAAUCUAUGCGGAUAUUGAGGCGCCACAAGAUCUGUCGUCUCCUGGCGACCGAGGCUGAAGGCCUGGGAUGGGAGGUCCGCCGAGAAUGGCCGUUCGAGACUGCUGGCGGAGAGUCACGGCGGUUGGACUUGGUGCUCAUUCGAGGUUUGGAAGCUCUGGUCAUUGAUGCCACGGUGCGGUUCGAGUCCGACCCGAACACGCUCCGUGGUGCGGCAAAUGAGAAGGCAGGCCCAAAACAACAGCCUUAUGCAAGCUCUGUUCCUCGAGAUUGGAUCAGUCUCCCACAUCCUGGGGCAGUGCCCUGGGGUGCAGUCAAUGAGGAUUCUGAGGCCCCACAAGAUCUGUCGUGA